AUGGCAUCAUCGAAGCAGUGGUUCAUGGAUAUUGAUUCCUUCUGGAUUACUGGGGGGUGGUUCAUUAUUACUGAUUUUAAUUUCAUGGCACCAGCCAGACAAUUAUCAGUUUGUGAAAACACGACAAAAUUGCAAGCUAUGGUGCUUUUUCUUGGUCUUCUCUUGAUUGUUCCUCUUCUUGCUCGUCCCAUAGAUUUAUCCAAGAAAUUCACAGCUUCCUCGCCAUCUACAAGAGCAAAACAUUUUACCUCAGAAAUCCAUCCACAAGAAUCAAAGUACACGCCACCUUCUAGAACCACUGAUGAUGCUGCUGCCAUGACAAGCAGCAGCACCACCACGACGGUUUCUGCCACUCCUGGUUCUGCUUCACGUCAACAGUUUAAAGCAGCUUUCCAUGAAGUACCUAGUGGUCCAAAUCCUGAGUCCAAUUAA